AUGACCAUAGUGCCCCUUAUCCUUAUCUCCUCAUCCCAAACGCACAGGGCGUCGUCGCUUGCAUCGGGCUUGGGCGCGGCUUUUCCAGCGGCGGCUGCAGAAGCACCAAAGGGGAGGGGAGGCCACGACUCCAGGUUCGGGCGCAGGGAGGGGCUGCUUCCAAGGCGCGGAGCUGCCUCCCGGCCGCGGCUCCAAGGGGUAUACGGCUUGUUGUUAGACUUCGAUCUUUUUUCCAGCUUGCCAGACAGUGCGCCAAAGUCAUGGCAGCAGGGUAAAACUUUGCCAACUAAAGUUGUUGAUGACAUACAUAGCUUUGGGCUACUUCGGUUGAUUGAUUUCAUAGAUGAGCAUUGCAUGUGGGGUUCUAAGCAAUACAUAACCUUAUGGCGUGAUCUGGAAAAUGACUCAUUUGAGAUCAAAACUGAUGAACAUCUUUUAGAGUGGUUUGUACUCAAUGUAGACAAGGGGGUAGCUUGCAUCAAUGUCCAGAUAAAUGAUUUUGAUGGGCCAUUGCAGUUUUCACCAACCAAACGUAGGUGUCAUCCUAGUGUGAGGAGUAGAGUACACCUAAUUGAGGGGAGCACAAAUGAGGGAGGAGCACAAAUGAGGGAGGCACCACAAAUGAGAGCCACCACAAAUGAUGAUGAGGGGGUAGGAGAUGAUGAUAAGGGCAUAUUCUCUGAUAGCAGCUAUGACACUGAUUUAGCUGCAUUAUCUGACUCUGAUGAUGAUUGCUUUGACCUAGAGUUUGAUCCUGAUGAUGUGGAUCAGUGCAAGUCUGUAGUUACACAUCAUGCUAUCUUGCAUGACCAUGCUUUUAAGAUUGUGAAAAAAGAUCAAGAAAGAUUUAGAGCCAUAUGCAAGAGAGCUGAUAAGGGUUGUUUGGUCAUCAGUACUUAUGCGGGCAAGGGAAUUGAAGUUGUUGUUGAAGAUGUCUAUCCAGGAGUUGAGCAUAGAGAGUGUAUGAGGCACUUGUGGAAGAACAUGAAGAAAAGUUACACUGGCACUCUUUAUGGGAAGAAUAUGUGGGCAGUUGCCAAGAGCUUCACAACUGAUAAGUUCAACUUCUUCAUGAGGAACAUAGAAGAGAAGGAUCCAAGGGCACUUGAGUGGUUGGAUGAGAACCAUCCAUACAUAUGGAGUAGAAGCAAAUUCUCAGAAGACUGCAAGGUAGAUUACAUCAACAAUAACCUUUCUGAGAGUUUCAAUAGUUGGGUGUCAAAAACAGAGGAAUAUCAAAUUGUGGAAAUGCAUGACAAGAUAAGACAAAUGAUCAUCGAGAAAUUUGUCUUGAGAUCAAAGAAUGCUAGAAAGAUGACUGGAAAAAUAAUCCCAGAUAUUAUCAAAGAUCUGAAUGCUAAAUCCAAGGCCAUUAAGGACCAUGAUGUCUUAAUUUGUGGGCCUGGAAAAGCAGAAGUGGACAGUCAACAGAUUCAGGCAUGCCGUUAA